CUUUGGAGUUUGAUAUGAUGUGAUUACAGAAUCACCCCAGUGACACGUUGCCAAAUUCAGCAGAAUGAGGGUCUGAGUCUUCCGGGUGGUGAUCUCUGAAAUUGCUCAGUGAGCACCCCUAAUUUUGCUGAUUUAUUGCUGAUAAUCACUCACAAUGGAAACCAAUCAAAAAUGUGGGGAUGGACUGACUGGCACACAGAAAGAAGCUGCGCUGCGAUCUCUUAUCCAGCGCACUGGAUAUCACAUACACCAGGAAAAUGGCCAGAGGAGAUACGGUGGCCCACCUCCUGGAUGGGAAGGCUCACCUCCCGAAAGAGGCAGUGAGAUUUUUGUGGGAAAGCUUCCUCGAGACCUCUUUGAAGAUGAACUGGUGCCACUCUGUGAAAAAUUUGGCAAAAUUUAUGAAGUACGGAUGAUGAUGGACUUCAAUGGCAACAAUCGAGGCUAUGCAUUUGUUACCUUCUCCACAAAACAAGAAGCUAAGAAUGCCAUGAAACAGCUCAACAACUAUGAAAUCCGGAAUGGAAGGCUUCUGGGUGUGUGUGCAAGUGUAGACAACUGUCGCCUAUUUGUGGGUGGUAUUCCAAAGACUAAAAAGAGAGAAGAGAUCCUGGCAGAGAUGAAGAAAGUGACGGAUGGUGUCAUGGAUGUCAUUGUUUACCCAAGCGCUGCUGACAAGGCCAAGAACCGAGGUUUUGCAUUUGUGGAAUAUGAGACCCACAGAGCUGCUGCCAUGGCCAGGAGGAAACUGCUCCCAGGAAGGAUUCAGCUGUGGGGUCAUCCUAUUGCAGUCGACUGGGCUGAACCUGAAGUGGAAGUAGAUGAGGACACCAUGGCCACAGUGAAGAUCCUCUAUGUUCGUAAUCUGAUGUUGCCCACCACAGAGGAGACUAUUGAAAAGGAGUUCAAUAGCAUCAAACCUGGUGCUGUUGAACGUGUGAAGAAGAUCCGAGACUAUGCUUUUGUUCAUUUCUCUCAAAGGGAGGACGCCAUCAAUGCCAUGAAUACACUGAAUGGAAAGGUUAUUGACGGUUCACCAAUUGAGGUCACAUUGGCCAAGCCUGUGGACAAGGACAGCUAUGUGCGGUACACCCGAGGCACAGGGGGCCGUGGUGGUACUGUGCUCCAAGGAGAUUAUGCUUACACUGUAGGCCAGAUGUACGAUCCCUCAGCUGCCUACCUAGGAGCACCGAUAUUCUACGCCCCCCAUGCAUACGCAACCAUCCCAAACCAGUUCCGCUUCCCCAGUACUAAGGGGCAAAUGAGUACCAGGGGUCUUGUCCGCACACCCUCUGUGAGAGAAAUUUACAUGAAUGUACCUGUAGGGGCAGCGGGCGUACGUGGUUUAGGCGGGCGAGGAUAUCUUGCCUAUGCAGGUGUGGGUCGUGGCUGUGCCACAUACCAACUCAAGACAGACAAACGCCCCGACGACAAGCUCUAUGACCUUCUUCCUGGCAUGGAGCUCACGCCCAUGAACCCAGUCACUCUGAAGCCCCAAGGCAUCAAACACGCCCCACAGAUCUUGGAAGAUAUUUGCCAAAAGAAUAACUGGGGGCAACCUGUCUACCAGCUUCACUCUGCUAUUGGACCAGAUCAGAGGCAACUGUUCCUUUAUAAAGUCACCAUCCCUGCUCUUGCUACUCAAUAUCCAAAUAUACACCCAUUCACCCCUGCCAAACUCUGUGCAUCGAUGGAUGAGGCGAAGUUGCAUGCGGCCGAACACACGCUGCAGAUCCUUGGUGUUCAGACAGAGGGCGCCGAUGCCUCUGCUGCUGCGGCUGUUGCUGCUGCAUUCCCAGGUUAUGCAAUUGCCAGCACCACUGGCACUCAGCUGAAACAGGCCGUUUCUCUGGGCCAGGAUCUGACUGCCUAUGCAACCUAUGAGGGUUACCCUGCUUUUGCUGUGGCAGCCCGUGGCGAUGGAUAUGGAGUGUUUUAAAAGAACGAACUAACAGUCUCUGUAGUGUUUAUGUUAAUCUGUUCCACGUGUUCGACUGUGUUUAUAGGUUUAGUAGUGAUUUUUUUUUAUCUUCCUAAGUGUAUUUUUUGUUAGCAUUUUUGCAAUAUUUUAGAUUGUGAGUCAUCUUUUGACUACUCAGGAACAGGGCAGCCUGAAGGCUGCCCACAAAUCAAUCCCAAACCUUUCCAAAAAAAACCCCUAACAAAACGACAAUAUGUUUUAUUGCUGUUAGUCAAGGCAUGGAUUUCUUUCAUUGAAACGGUACUUGUGUCAUAAUUUGUGGUCAUCCAGGAUAGUACCCCCCCCCCCCCCCCCCCCCCAUCCAGUUUGAUCAUUAAUUUUUUAUAAAGUAUGACUUAUAGUAACUUAGGCUUGACUCUGGUUCAACUCUAAAAGAUUAUCUUUAAAACGGAAUCAUUUAUGUGGUUUUAAAGGGGACCUGUUAUGCAAAAAUCACUUUUACAAGGGGUUUAAACUAGGGCUGCACGAUAUUGAUGUUGCGAUAUUUUAUUUGUUUGCUAGAUAUGAAUACUAGGGUUGUGUGAUGUUGACAAAUUUGGCAUCGUACGAUGUCUAAUGUGAAACAUCACGAUGGACAAUGGCAUCGUCGUCGUAGGUCACAGUGAAUUAAUUAUUUAUGAAUAAUUAUUAAUUCAUAAAGAAUUUAUUAUUUGUAGCCUACCGUUUCAACUACCUGACCCGCAUGGUCUUUGUUUUACCCGUAAACAAAUCAUAAAUAAAUAAACAGAAGUUACACACAAA